AACUACAGCAAAGAAACACCGAAUGCUGUAGACCGCAGUUAAAGAGGAAAAUAAUUUAUUUAUUUUGAAACGACCUUUGAUUAACGCAUUUUAGGAAUUAUAUCAAGUUUCCCUGGAUUUGCUGCUGUUUUAAACGCGUGGAAGGUAAAAGAACAAGUAAAAAAAUGAAGUCAUCUGCAAUCUUUUUGCUACUGAUGCUAUGGAACUGCGAGAGCGCGCGAGUCGCAGAAAGUCGAGACGACAACAGUGUUUUCGAUCUGUUUGAGCUCGUCCAAGUGCCGAGGAAGAACCACGGGGUGACUCUGGUGAAAGGCGACGACCCAUACAGCCCCGCCUACAAGAUCCUGAACCCCGACCUGAUUCCCGCGGUUCCCGAGAGCGCCUUCAGGGACCUAAUCGAUUCCAUUCACGCGGAGAGAGGAUUUCUGCUCCUGGUCAAUUUCAAGCAGUUCAAACACACGAGGGGAAGCCUUUUGACCGUGGAGAAGAAAGAUGGCUCCGGACCCGUAUUCGAAAUCGUUUCCAACGGGAAAGCUAACACUCUGGACAUUGUUUUUUCCACUGAAAACAAGCAACAGGUCGUGUCCAUCGAGGAAGCGGAUUUGGCGGUGGGACAUUGGAAAAACAUCACUCUUUUCGUGCAGGAGGACAGGGUUCAGUUCUAUGUGGGAUGUGAGGAGGUGAAUACAGCGGAGCUCGAUGCUUCUAUCCAGACUAUCCUCACUCAGGAGACCCCAGGUGUGGCGAGCCUGAGGAUCGGCAAGAGCGCAGUGAAGGACAGGUUCAUGGGGGUGCUGCAAAACGUGCGCUUUGUGUUCGGAACCACACUGGAAGCAAUUCUGAGGAAUAAAGGAUGCCAAAACUCAAUUAUGACUGAUAUCAUCACCCUUGACAAUCCCAUAAAUGGAUCCAGACCUGCAAUCAGGACUGAUUACACUGGCCACAAAACAAAAGAUCUGCAGAUGAUUUGUGGCUUUUCAUGCGAGGACCUGGCUGCCAUGUUCAAGGAACUGAAAGGUCUUGGUGUGGUGGUGCAAGAGCUGUCCAAUGAACUCCGCAAAGUGACGGAUGAGAAAAACAUGCUCAUGAGUCGCAUGGGCAUUCAUCAUGGUGUCUGUCUUCACAAUGGAAUUGUGCACAAAAACAAGGAAGAAUGGACAGUGGAUGAUUGCACAGAGUGCACUUGCCAGAACUCUGCAACAGUGUGCCGCAAGAUUUCAUGUCCCCUAAUCCCAUGCGCAAAUGCCACAGUGCCUGAUGGGGAGUGCUACGGAAUAGCUCUGCUAUUGUCUCAUUUUGCUCUCUCGACAGCGAGCGACUCCGCUGAGGAUGGCUGGUCCCCCUGGUCUGAAUGGACCCAUUGUUCUGUGUCCUGUGGAAGGGGCAUUCAGCAGCGUGGCCGCUCCUGCGACCGCAUCAAUAACAACUGUGAAGGCACGUCAGUGCAGACGAGAGACUGCUACCUUCAGGAGUGUGACAAGCGCUUUAAACAAGAUGGCAGCUGGAGUCACUGGUCACCCUGGUCUUCCUGCUCAGUGACCUGUGGUGCUGGCGUUAUCACACGCAUCCGUCUCUGCAACUCCCCAACACCUCAGAUGGAAGGCAAAGAUUGCCAGGGUGAAGGUCGGCAAACUGAGAGGUGUGAGAAAUCACCAUGUCCGAUCAAUGGUGGCUGGGGACCAUGGUCACCCUGGGAUACUUGCUCUGCCACCUGUGGCGGUGGCGUCCAAAACCGUAAACGUCUUUGCAAUAAUCCAGUACCUGUGUAUGGCGGCAAAGACUGUGUGGGAGAUGCAAAGGCCAACCAGCUUUGCAACAAGCAAGCCUGUCCAAUUGAUGGAUGCCUUUCAAAUCCAUGCUUUGGAGGAGCCCAGUGUACAAGCUUCCCAGAUGGCUCUUGGAAAUGUGGAAAAUGCCCGACAGGAUACACUGGCAAUGGAAUCAACUGCAAGGAUAUCAAUGAGUGUAAGGAGGUCCCUGAUGCCUGCUUUGAAUUUAAUGGAGUCCAUAGGUGUGAGAACACAGUGCCAGGCUACAACUGCCUGCCGUGCCCCACUCGCUACACAGGCCCACAGCCGUUUGGUCGAGGAGUGGAGGACGCUGCUUCCAAGAAACAGGUCUGCACGCCUCGUAAUCCCUGCCUCGAUGGAAGCCACGACUGCAAUAAGAACGCUCGCUGCAACUACCUGGGCCAUUUCUCAGACCCCAUGUACCGCUGUGAGUGCAAACCUGGCUUUGCUGGAAAUGGACUCAUCUGUGGAGAGGACACUGAUCUUGAUGGCUGGCCAAAUGCUGAUCUUGUGUGUGUCGAGAAUGCAACCUAUCACUGCAAGAAGGACAACUGCCCCAAUCUUCCCAAUUCUGGGCAAGAGGACUAUGACAAGGAUGGAAUUGGUGAUGCUUGUGAUAAUGAUGAUGACGACGAUGGCAUUCCUGAUGACAGGGACAACUGCCCACUCAUCUUCAACCCAAGACAGUAUGACUAUGAUCGCGAUGACGUGGGAGACCGCUGCGAUAACUGUCCAUACAACAGCAACCCAGACCAGACUGACACUGACAACAAUGGUGAAGGUGACGCCUGUGCUGUGGACAUUGAUGGAGAUGGUAUUUUGAAUGAGAACGACAACUGCCCAUAUCUGUACAACGUCGACCAGAAAGACACCGAUCUCGAUGGAGUUGGUGACCAGUGUGACAACUGCCCUCUGGAACACAAUCCAGACCAGCUCGACUCCGAUUCUGACCGUGUCGGAGACAAAUGUGACAGCAACCAGGAUAUCGAUGAGGACGGUCACCAAAACAACCUGGACAACUGCCCAUACAUUCCUAAUGCUAACCAGGCUGAUCACGACAAGGAUGGUAAAGGAGAUGCCUGCGACUAUGAUGAUGAUAAUGAUGGCAUCCCUGAUGACAAAGACAACUGCAGAUUGGUUCCCAAUCCAGAUCAACUGGAUUCUGAUGGCGAUGGACGUGGUGAUGCCUGCAAAGAUGACUUUGACCACGACAAUGUCCUAGAUAUCUAUGAUGUCUGUCCAGAGAACUUUGACAUCAGUGAAACCGACUUCCGCAAAUUCCAGAUGGUUCCUCUUGAUCCCAAGGGCACUUCUCAGAUCGACCCCAACUGGGUGGUUCGUCACCAAGGAAAAGAACUGGUUCAGACAGUCAACUGCGACCCCGGCAUUGCUGUUGGUUUUGAUGAGUUUAAUUCAGUCGACUUCAGUGGAACAUUCUUCAUCAACACGGAUAGGGAUGAUGACUACGCUGGCUUCGUUUUCGGAUACCAGUCCAGCUCUCGCUUCUACGUGGUCAUGUGGAAGCAGAUCACACAAACCUACUGGUCCAGCACACCUACCAAGGCACAGGGUUACUCAGGGCUGUCAAUCAAAGUGGUUAACUCCACCACAGGGCCAGGCGAGCAUCUGAGGAACGCCCUCUGGCACACCGGAGACACUCCAGGACAGGUGCGCACACUGUGGCACGACCCAAAGAAUGUGGGAUGGAAGGACUUCACUGCUUACAGAUGGCACUUGACUCAUAGACCAAGAACUGGGCACAUAAGAGUGGUCAUGUAUGAAGGCAAAAAGAUCAUGGCAGAUUCUGGAAGAAUUUAUGACAAAACAUACGCAGGCGGAAGACUGGGUCUCUUUGUCUUCUCACAAGAGAUGGUGUACUUCUCAGACCUCAAAUAUGAAUGCAGAGAUGUGUAAUUGCACAGGCAGGAAGUUGAUCAAAGAAUGCACCUUUCCGUAUAAAUAUGUAUUCCAGGCAAAGUCCAGGGACCGAUUUGACGCUACUUUUUCUGCUGCCGCUCACACACUGGUGGAGUGAGAAAGCAGGUAGUCAAUUUCAAUGUAACUGUCACUGGAUGGGAUAGAAACCAAGUGGCUUCCGAUGCAGAAUCUGGACUCCUCCACCAUUAGCAGGCAGAGCAGAAGAAAGUCUCCCUCGCUUUGCUUAAUUGGGAAGACUGAGAUCUCUCUCUGAAAAACCUCAUUCGGCUCUGUGUGGGAAGAGCUCCCAACAGACAGUUAUGCACUUCAAAAUCUGUACUCUCUCUCUCUCUCAUGUGUUUUCAUGCUCUCUUCCUGAACAGGUGUCCAAACUAGGGCUACCUUAGAGAGAGCACAACCCUUUAAAAAAAGAUUACUAUUAUAAUAUUCAGUAUUUUAUCAAAACUUUAAACCAUUUUCUUGACAACUAAAAAAAAAGAGUUGUGAAUGUUUAAUGUAUUGAAGCACCAACAAAUGGUUUAAAAACAUUGUAUAAGUAAAAGAAUACUGUUUUUGUUUUUGCUGACAGUCUAAGCAGGUGAUUUUACAAGGACAAAUCUGUCAUUUAUUGAUUUUUAUCUAAAUUUCUGUUUAUCUAUCUAAAGUUUCGCUUAGCAGUCACAUCUUAAGUAUCAUGAACAUCCAUUAAGGUCUGGCGGGAGAUAAACUUAUGGUUUAGUGGGCAUAGUUUUCUCAGGGCUAGAUGGUUAAACCAUUUUAACAUAUUCAUUAGAAAUGGCAUAAUGAAAGGUUGUACGAAGAGGAAUUGGACAGACCAAGGUUUAAAGACUCACCACAUAUGGAUACUAGAUUACCAAGUACUCUAGUGUGAGGUUUUAUUUGAGAUGCUAAUUUCUAAGUUGAGUUUAAGUCUUUUAGACUUUUUCUAUAUAUAUUUAUGUAGCACUUAUAAAACACUUUAAGUGCUGUGAUUUUGCUUCAAGAAGCACAAGUGAGGGUAUUUCUAAAGAUUGCCCUCACUAAAAACAACUAUUUCAACAUUUAAAAGAAAAAUACACUCUCAUAACCAAGGUUCUGUCUAAAACUACUGUUUGCCUUUUCUGUAGAGAGAGAGAUAAAGGAAAACUUUAAUGUACAAAUAUUACCUCAUUGCCGUUUUGUAAUUUGAUCAAGCAAAAGCUUAAAAGUACUUUUUCCUUUGCUUCAAGAAAACAGUUGGUUGCCUUAUUGCUACUGUAGCACAAGUUGUAAAUAGUAUAUAGAACAAAUAGCAAGCCCCACAUCCCAAUGGAAAAUAGAGGAACACAUUUGUUUAAGAAAUACAUUUGCCAGUGCUUCAAAUGUCCAGUACUUUUUUUUUUAAGUUGAUAAAUUAUUGCUUUAUUUGUUGUCUCUGUUUGUAAGACUGUUUCAUAUGUGUGUGUAGAUAAAUGCUAUUUAAAUAAUUUAUCAUGAAGUGCCACCUGAGAAAGAGGCAUUCCGUCUGUAUAAACUGUUUGCACACUGACGUGAGGAUGUUCUGUUCUUCAUUGUUUGUAUCUUUAUUGUGUUGUUAUUUUUGUACAAUUAGUGAUGCUUGACUGUAAACAUUUGUACUUAGUUAAACAAUGCAGAAUGCUAUUUUUACGUAUAGCGAUUAUUUUGGUACAUACUUCAGAAUAAUAAACAGAUGAUAGAUGU